CUUCGAUAUCAACACCACGCGCCACACUCACGAUCCGCCACUCGAAUGCCCGGGGAGCUGCAGAUGGCUGCUUGCACCCUUAAUUGCCCUCCUCUCCCGUAGCGAUGGUGACGUUAUCCGCCUUCGUCUUCAUCUACGUGCUCGGCGGCAUCAGCUUCAUCCCACUUGUAGUGGCGGCAAUACUCCUCCACGCCCACUUCACAUUCCCUACUCGAGCUCCCGAAGAACCUCUAGACGGGGCUGCGGCGUUUUCUGCGAGGGAUGCCGAACAACAGCGUCGUGACCUCAACACGGACGAGGAUAACCUGCCAGAAGAGCUCAAACCUCGCGCCCACGAGCCAGAUGUUGCCGCCGGAUACUUUGCAGUCUGUCGAGAAUAUGUACCGGGUGGUGUGAAUGGGAAACCUCCGGAGAGGACCACGCCGGCGGGCGUGGUGGUCGCCAACGAAAGCCCCAGCGUGUACCAAAGCAUGUAUAGAAGCAUCUUUGACCGCAACAAGGGCCAGCCACCUUCCCUGGAUAGUGCCAACGGGAAGACUAAGAAGGCUAGGAAUGUCUUCUUCGUCGUGUUGAGACACGGCCACUUGAUGCUCUAUGACGACUCCGAACAACUCGACGUGCGCCACGUCAUAUCCCUCGCAUACCACGAUGUGGAUGUCUACGCCGGAGGAGAAAAGAUACCAGAGGGAGAGCUUUGGAUCAAGCGGAACUGCAUUCGACUGACAAGGCGGAAGGUUGUUGGGGAUAUAACGGAUGAGGCGAAACCAUUCUUCUUAUUCUCUGACAAUUGCUCAGAAAAGGAGGAUUUCUACCACGCUAUGCUCCAGAACCAGGAGCGGAACAAGACGUCGCCUCAAAAUCCACCGCGACCCUUGCUGUUCGAGACAGCCGAUAUUGUUAAGCUGGUUCAACAGCUUCACGCCAAUGAAGAGAACCUCCAAACUCGGUGGAUAAACGCCUUGAUUGGACGAUUAUUCCUUGCCAUGUACAAGACCGCCGAGAUUGAAGAUUUCAUUCGAAUGAAGAUCACAAAAAAGAUAGCUCGCGUUCCGAAACCCGCGUUCAUCAACAGUCUCAAGCUGCAAAAGAUUGAUAUGGGAGACUUGCCGCCGUUCAUCACCAAUCCAAAACUUAAGGAAUUGACUGUAGAUGGAGACCUGACGAUUGAAGCCGACGUCAAGUAUAAAGGUAGCUUCCGUCUGGAGAUCGCAGCUGUUGCCCGUAUCGAGCUAGGAUCACGUUUCAAGCCUCGCGACGUCAACCUCGUUCUUGCAGGCCUUCUCAAAAAGCUAGAAGGCCAUAUUCUGAUCAGAAUGAAACCACCGCCAAGCAACCGACUAUGGAUUUCAUUCGAAACCAUUCCAAAGAUGGACAUAUCCAUUGAGCCAAUUAUCAGCUCCCGGCAAAUCACAUAUGGAGUAGUUUUACGAGCAAUCGAAAGUAGGAUACGAGAGACUAUCGCCGAAACACUUGUCUUACCCAACUGGGAUGAUAUCCCAUUUCAUGAUACCAUGCUGCAGCGCUUCCGAGGCGGUAUGUGGGCUGAUGAUUCAAGACUUCGGCCCUUUGGAGACCAUCAAACCGAGGCAGCUAAACAUGGGCUUGCUGAUGAGAUCGAUAAAGAUUCGGACUCCGAGGAGUCCAUACCGCCUCCCACUCUGAGCGCAAAAGAUAAGACCAUGAGCCUGCCGAUUCUCGUAGACACGCCGCCAAAAGGAUUGGUUUCGCGAAAAGGAGCCAACUCGACUAUUUCUUUGGAUGAUAGCGUAGGCGUCACUUCAGGAGCAGAGGCUAGGCAAAGAAAACACCCCAAAAUCAUCCGGUCUGGCUCGUUUGCCUCGGCGAGUAGUCCAGUAGUUAAUUUGGAUUCAUCGACGGUAGAAGCUUUGCGUGCUCACGCUCCGCAGGGUGGCCAAGAUGCAGCGAGCGCGAUGAAGAUCAUAUCCUCUCGCUCGCCCCCGACGUCUCCUUUCGAGUCGCCUGUCGGCUCUCCUGAUCCACCAAGCCUCAUUUCACAGCGAUCGAAGAAGAAUAGCGUGUCAUCGGUGCGGUCAACACCGAGCCGCACUGAAGAUGAACAAGCAUCGGCAGACUUUGAUGCUUUAGUGGAUCGCACUGGCUCGUUGCUAAAACGAUCCAGCGCUGGUAGCUUGACUGGCACUUCCGACGAUGUUUCCUCUCAUAGUAACACGCCGACAGGUCUGAAACAUGCACAUACAACGGCGUCAGUCAAGAGCAAUCUCUCCAACGCCGAAAAGCGACAAGCGCUAAACCAGACCUUGAAUUCUGCUACCGCAGCUGCGAAGAAGUGGUUUGCAAACCGGCAGCAGGGUGGAAACUCUACUGCAGAUUCUAGCCUCUCCCACCAUCGAUCAACCGCCAGCUCCAGCUCAGUCUCUCAAGAAACCCUGGUCGACACCUCGAGUAACCCCUCCUCCACCCAGCAGUCCAGCGAAAGCGACUCUCACAAAAACGGAGACCGCCCCGGCUCCACCGCACAACCCAUCGGCCGAGGCCAGCCCCUCCCACCACCCGGAACCCCCCUCCCCUUCCCCGAGAACCGCAAGUCCAGCUGGGUGGUCCCCGGAGCGGCCGCUCUAGCGAGUAUCGCGAAACGGAAGCCCCUCCCGCCGCCUGCAAAGUCGCCCACCGCUACCUCCACACCGCUCGCCACCCAGUCACCGGGGAAGAGCCCUGCGUUUUCCUUCCCCAAGCAGUCCACAUCGCAGGAUCAUCUCCCCUUCGAUAUGCCGUCACCAGGGCAUCAUAGAUCGAACUCGCACCGCGCGGUGCCGAACCCGCCGCUGCCCCCGAGGCGGAAACGGGUCUCGAAUGCGGGGCUGAAUCAGGAUGUGGGGGGGUUUGGGGAGGGCUUGAUGGUUGUGGAGGCGCCGGUGUCGGAUACCAGUACGCCGAAUAGUCCGUUGAAGGAGCGGCAUUCCAGGGAGCACGACGACGGUGAUCGUGUUGAGGAGGAAGAGGGGGAGAAGACGAAGACGCCGCAGGAGGAGAGUCCUAGUCUUGAUGAGGUGGAGGAGGGAGUCUUUCAGGCGAUGGAUCUGGAGUCUAGGAAGGAGGGCGAGGCUCCCCCGGAAAGUGGAUUGGGUGGGUUGGAGAAGAAUCCGUGGGGAGAGGAGGGUGAGGCGGAGGAGAAGCCUGUCUGAAUGCCGAGAGAAAGAAUAAAAGGGGUUUAUUCUUGAUGCUCUGCACUCCAUCCAUGCGAUAUCAUGAUGGGUAUCAUAUCCUCAGCGCCGAAUCUGACGUCUUUCCCGAACCUGGUCAGCCAUGACGCCGCAUCGCCGUAGGUAUAAAGUAGGGUCACGUAAGGAAAGCGGCUGCGGACGCAGCUGUGUGGUUCAUUCAACGAGGUAGCGUAAGCGCUGCUUCCAGGGCGAAAGGAAGGAAGGAAGGGCCACUGUACUAGUAGACGGACAGGUUUUUUCUGAUGCGGCAAAAUGGCGUAUACGUGGUUUCAAACUUAUCUCUAGCCCAAAUUAGGUCGGAUAGGGACGUUCACGGGCGUCUUGGGCGGGGAUAAAGAGGAUACGAAACCGGGGGAUACGGUAGUUUUACUUCGAAUCUUAAUCAUAUCACUACUC